AUGGGUCAGGAGGCUGGUCUCAGGGGUCAGGAGGCUGGUCUCAUGGGUCAGGAGGCUGGUCUCAUGGGUCAGGAGGCUGGUCUCAGGGGUCAGGAGGCUGGUCUCAUGGGUCAGGAGGCUGGUCUCAUGGGUCAGGAGGCUGGUCUCAGGGGUCAGGAGGCUGGUCUCAUGGGUCAGGAGGCUGGCCUCAGGGGUCAGGAGGCUGGUCUCAGGGGUCAGGAGGCUGGUCUCAGGGGUCAGGAGGCUGGUCUCAUGGGUCAGGAGGCUGGCCUCAGCGGUCAGGAGGCUGGUCUCAGGGGUCAGGAGGCUGGUCUCAGGGGUCAGGAGGCUGGUCUCAUGGGUCAGGAGGCUGGCCUCAUGGGUCAGGAGGCUGGCCUCAUGGGUCAGGAGGCUGGUCUCAGGGGUCAGGAGGCUGGUCUCAUGGGUCAGGAGGCUGGUCUCAGGGGUCAGGAGGCUGGUCUCAUGGGUCAGGAGGCUGGUCUCAUAGGUCAGGAGGUUGGUCUCAUGGGUCAGGAGGUUGGUCUCAUGGGUCAGGAGGCUGGUCUCAUGGGUCAGGAGGCUGGCCUCAUACGUCAGGAUUCUGGUCUCAUGGGUCAGGAGGCUGGUCUCAUGGGUCAGGAGGCUGGCCUCAUACGUCAGGAGGCUGGCCUCAUACGUCAGGAGGCUGGUCUCAUGGGUCAGGAGGCUGGUCUCAUGGGUCAGGAGGCUGGUCUCAUGGGUCAGGAGGCUGGCCUCAUACGUCAGGAGGCUGGUCUCAUGGGUCAGGAGGCUGGCCUCAUACGUCAGGAGGCUGGUCUCAUGGGUCAGGAGGCUGCCCUCAUACGUCAGGAGGCUGGUCUCAUAUAUCAGGAGACUUGA